AUGCAAGAGGAUAUGAUUUUAGAAAAAAGUUCAUAAGACUCUCUUAAACUUAUAUAAAGAUCCUCUAUAUUAGAUAGGAAAUAUAGUGGUCGUUAUAUGUUCUAAUAAUCACAAUAGGAUGAAUAACAAACCUAAAUUCAAAGCAAUAGAAAUCGAAUCAAACAAUAACUAAAAUGUAAACUCUUUUUCAUUUUAGGUUAAUUGAAUGCCAUAAUUAAUAAACAAGUAUAGCCCUUAUAUAUGCGUGAAGAGCAGUUGAUUGAAUUAGGUAGGAAAUUAGACUUAGAAAUAACCUCUAUUGAUGUUGAUAAUAUUAUACCUAAUACAAAGUAGUUUUUUGAAGAUUAUGAAAUUCAUGAAAGAUUGGGAGAAGGAUGUUUAGGCUUAGUAAAACGAAUAGUCUAAAAAAAUACAGGCUUAGAAUUCGCUGUUAAAAUUGUAGCCACUUAAGAUGAAGAAAUUAUACGUAAUGUAAAAGACAAUGAUAAUACAUUUUCAGAUGAUUAUUGAAUUUAAGAGAUUAGUUGAAUUAUCACAUGAUAAUAUA